AUGACAUCGGACGCUACCUCCGAGGUCUAUGACCUCCUCAUCCUAGUUGAUGCGACGUACUCCAUGUCCAGCUAUCUCGAAUCGCUCAAAACCUCGCUCCCUAAGAUCAUCGCCAUCUCCAACCUAACCAACAGCUUCGAACGAAUUGGUCUACUCGCCUAUCGCGACUACAGCGAGGCCUAUCGCGACAAACAUGGUUUGUUAGAGUGGAGCGGCUGGUACAACCAUGACAAUUUGCAUACCGUAGGAGCUGUCAGUGCCGAUAUACUUAGGGCCAAGGCUGCGGGCCUUGAGCCUAGCGGCGGAGGCGACUUCCCUGAGGCGACUAAGACAGGCCUUGCGCGCGCAUAUUCUUUAAUGCGUGUAGAUGCGACGACUAUCAUCUUGCUGUACACCGAUGCGCCGCCUCAAUGCUGGAUGGUAGCCGACAAGGGUCGAGGAAGCAACUACUACGCCGAGCAAACCGCUUUGAACACUCCUAUUUCUUAUGACGGAUUCGGCCUUUACUUUGCCGACUGGGUGUCUGCAUCCAAGCGGCUACAUGAAGGCCCACGCAAAGCCCAUGUUUUUUGCUUUCUCGAUGAAGAGCUCGCAAACCGUCCGAAAAAUUCUGGAUACUACACGUAUAUCAGCACCAUCACACGAGGUGCAUGUCUAUCUCUAACUGAUGUGGAGCCACAUAGCAUUGCGCAAGUUACUGUGGAUGUGUUGUUGGCUUGGAUGGGUAGCGAGAAGGUGGGUGUUGAGAAGAACACAAUGCCAGCAAAGUUGAUCCGGUAUAAGAAUGGUGACAACAUCAAGAAGAUCAAGGACGAAAAAGAUCCAGUCGCAAACUCAUACUUCUGGGCGCACAAUCCAGUCAAUAUCUGGAAUAUGACGGUCGAUUCAGAGGUCUUGAAGCAGUAUUUGCCUAAGAAGAAGACACCAGUCAGCGACUUUGCGCAACGGUAUGCGAAGGACGAAGACUAUAAGAAGAUGGUCGUGGAGCAACUGAAGACUAUCAUCGAGACGGAUGUGACAUCCAUGUCGCUGAAUCCAGUGUUUGGCGCCCUCUGGCGUGCUGUGUGUAAUGACCGCGAAAACCCCGCCCGCGACGAGCUUAUCACAGCAUUUGGGCUCCAUGUUGACAGGAUUGCGAACGCACAGGAAAAGAUGCGAACGAAAAUUUGGCUUGAGGAGUCAUACGACUACGCCACUGAGAUCUUGGUGUCGCUAGAGGCUGUUUCAGAAGACCAGCGCUUUCCAUGCGUGUAUCUCGACCCAACUAUUGAAUUCAGACAGGCGAGGAAGAAGGGGGAGGAGGAACAGGAAGAUAUAGACGAAGAUAGUCGUCCAGUCACCGCUUUUCGGCGCGAUGAACUUCUCGAGAUUGGUCGCUCAUGCGACGGACGCAUCCUUCGUCGCCUUGGGAAGGUCCUCACACGAAUCACGUUCGUUAAAUCCGCGGCCGAUCUUCCAGCGCACAUAGCGGCAACAACAGAUGCAGAGGUUCCCAAAAUUCCCCUCGUCCUCGCAUCUAAGGAGCACGGGUGGAAGUUUUGGAAGAUACUACUGCACAUUGUGCUUCCAGGAACGAUGCUUGCUGCACGUCCAGCUACAGUGUUGGCUGCAUUAGCUAUUAGGAUUGGACUGAAACCUCUCUUUACAUCUGCGUGCGCCGCCAUGAUGUUCUGGCGCGACAAGUGGAACAACGUUGAAGUUCCGGAGACGUGGAACUCGAGCUGUUUGGGUCUCCUGCUCGAUGCGGAUGCUGAAUAUCGGAAGCAGAAGAAGAGUCACGAUGAAGAGAAGGCAGACGAUGGCAAUGCUCUAUUGCUCAACACUGAUCGCGCGCUUUUCACUAAACUAGUCACCUACCAACACACUGGAGCCAACCUACUCACCACUCUAAGGGCUGAAAUUGGAUGGACGCCAGAGAAGACACAGAUGCCUGUUGGGCCAGUGGUAGUUUGCCGCGGAUGUGGCUUUCCACGUUCAAUCACAAUCAUGACGGAGAAGUCGGGCGGUCGGUGUGGCCUCUGCGUGAUCGACAAUUGGACUGACACCGAGCACAAGAAACGAUCUAUCGAAGCUCACGUUACGAAGGACGACAACGAAGCUUCGAGUGCUACCUGGCUUGAAUGUAGCGUGCGAACCUGCCGAGCACAGUACGUAUGCUACAACCCCGGUGAGCUCAACGUCCGUCCGAAGUGUCAUCACUGUCGUUUACAGAGCGGCAUGCCCGAUCACAAGCGAAACACCGAUCCCGCGCCCACUCUAGAGUGUAAGAAGUGCUUGAGCAAAACUAUCUGGCCUAAUGAAUGGAGCGCAAUGGCUCCAACGCCCUUCAAUUGUACUGCAUGCAUUAACGGCCGCAAAACUAUUGUCACUGUCAAUACCAACGCCGAGCAGAUCUGCAAGGAAAACGGGCAAUUGUGGCUUCUCCGCAACGAUAACGGUGUGAUCAAAGAACCUUUCAAGCGCAGUCUCUUCAAUACUGUCUCUACCUUAGGACUCGACUCCAUCUUCACAAAUGUUGAAGUUUUUCCAGCUCUCCACCCCGAACCCACCCUGACCCUACGGGGCAAGCAGAUCCGAAACCAACACGCUCUUAAGACAGAGCUGCUUUCAUGGAUCGAGCGCCGCACAGCCGAAAGAUCUCUUUGUAGUCUUUGCUUCGACAUAUUUCCCAAGAGGCGCCUGCUACCUGCAUGUCGACGCCGCGGCUGCUACCAGCACAUUUGUGAAGGCUGUUUGAACGGCUGGUAUGGUCUCAAUAACGCUGGAAGCAUCAUCAACACAUCAGCAUUGUUCUGCCCAUUCUGUCGCCGACCACCGGCUGCACGUACACUCGCUACAUAUGGUAUGGGCAUCCAUGCCGUCGGUGAUUUGGGAGUUGCGGUUGAAGAGAGAGGACAGUGGAUCCAUGCAUGGUGCUACGACUGCGGCAAAGCAAGGCGGUAUAUGGAGCGCGAGUGCGUGCGAGGUGUCCCCGAUGCUGUUCAAGAAUGGAAGUGCGAAGUGUGUAGCCAAUCUGCUCUCGAACGCGCUCGCUGUCCUGCAAAAGAGUGCCCGGGGUGCAAGACGCCGACGCAGAAGACAUAUGGCUGCGAUCAUAUAACAUGUACCUUUAAGGGGUGUAAGACGCAUUGGUGUUGGAGCUGUGGGAAGGGGUUUGAUUCUGGAAGUAUUUAUGCGCAUAUGAGUGAGGAACAUGGCGGUAUGUAUGCAGGUGGAGGAGAGUUAGGCUUUGAGAGUGAGGACGAGGACGAGGAUAUGGAAGAUGAGGAGUGGUACAACUGA